ACAGAUCCCUUGGUCACAAGACAUCAACAGCAGGUUAUUAUCAGUGGAACAGAUGACCUCACAGAUAAUGGAAGACCAAGGGGCCAACACUACUGUCAAUAUUGUUCCAAGUCCUUCAACUACAGCAAUGACCUAGAACGUCACAUUAGAAUUCACACUGGCGAGAAACCAUUUGCUUGUCCAUACUGUCCAUAUCGUGCUACUGUUAAAGGAAACUUGAGCCAACACAUAAGAACUCACACUGGAGAAGAGCCUUUUGCAUGUUCAUUUUGCCCAUACCGUGCAAAGACCAGCAGUAACCUGAAGACACACAUUUUCCAUAAACACGGAAAACAUUGAAUCUGUAAAUCUUUAAUAAAAAUUUGGAAUUUUGUA